AUGACAGUACAAUCCCGUCCGUCAGGAAAAGGAUACACGCCACCUGCGACUGGUCUUUUGAGCCUGUUACCUUCAUCAUGGGUGCCUUUUGCCGAGCUGAUGCGGUUGGACCGGCCUCAGGGCUACUACGCCUUUUACUGGCAUUAUCUCAUUGGAUUAAGCUUUGCAGCCUGUGAUGUCUCCGAUUCGUGCACUCCAUUUGAGUUAUUAGUCCUUGCCGCCUACCUAGGGCUCUGGGUUGUUGUCCUCCGCGGUAGCGUCUGCACUGUGAACGACAUUUGCGACCAAGACUUUGACCGGCAGGUUGCUCGCACUCGAUUUCGUCCACUUGCACGCAGGGCAGUCUCCACGACACAAGCCACAGUGUUCACGAUUGCUCAGCUGUUCGUGUUAGCCUUGCUUACGCUUCCGUUACCUACUAGCUCCUAUAUUUUCGCGGCGGCAACAACCUUGGCUCUCAGUGUGUACCCUCUGGGCAAACGUAUCACACAUUUCCCACAGGUCAUACUCGGAUUGGCAUUCGCAAUCCCCAUUUUCAUGUGCUGUGCAAUAUUAAACAGGCCUACUGAUACUGAUGAUCAUUCUUCCCGUGCUGUUUCCGCCCUGUACUGGGUCAGCACUAUUUGGACGGUCAUUAGCGACACGAUCUAUGCCCAUCAGGACACGGAUGAUGAUGCUAAAGCUGGAGUCAAGUCGCUAGCAGUGUUGCUUGGCCAGCAAACAAAAUUGUGGCUAUCCGUAUUGGCUAUCAUUCAAGUUGCGUUACUUGUUUUCAUUGGUGCAGAGUGCGACUUUUCUUUCCUAUAUUACACCCUAUGCUGCGGUGGCGCCGCGCUUUCUCUGGGUGUGAUGCUCAUCAAAGUCGAUCUUCGAAACCCGGCCAGUUGCGCAUGGUGGUUUGGGCCUGGAGCACGAUUUAUGGGAUGCAGUUUGGUUGGUGGCUUUUUGGCCGAGUAUACAUACAGACGUACAGGUCUACAGUAUUAG